UUCUAUAGGAAAUUUUUGUUUGUAGUAUCCCGGUUAUCACGUGGCUGAGUCUAAUGUUUGAGCCUUUAGCGACGUUUGAGCUUUCUGUUGAAUCUUGGGAUGUCGGAGAGCCUUUCUAAAGCUGCUAAGAAGAAUGCUAGACGCCAUGCGGCCAAACGAGCCAAACGAUUUUCUGAAGAACCAACAAGGGAGGGUGAAUGCGAGGCUUCAGUGGAAAAAGAAAAUAUGGAAUCAACAGCUGCAGAAGAUAAUUCGGGGCAAAAUGAAGGAACUGUCUGUGAAGAGACAAACGUUAUACCUUCUGUAACCUCGUCUGUUACUCUAUCAAUUGAUGAGGAAAUAGCUGAAGUAAAGAAGCAAUUAGAUGAAGCAAAGGCAGCACAAGAGCACGAUGAAGCUCGUAAGUUGAGACGGAAACUGUGGACUCUGAAGGAUAAAGCUCAUUUGGGAAGUUCAGAAUCAAGAAAUGCUCCUCAUGUCGGUCAGGCUGUAUUAUCAACGGAUGCUGUAGCCAUGAUUCAGAAACUAGCAGAGAAAUCAAUUGUAGGAGCAAGUCCUCAGGUACCACAAAGCUCAACCACAGAUCCAGAGAAGAGGCUGAGAAACUUAAAGAAGAAACUCCAUCACAUCGACGAGUUGAAGGCCAAGAAAGAAGGCGGAAACCAACUGGAAGAGACACAACUUACAAAAAUUGCUAGCGAAAUGGAAAUUAUUGAUGAAAUAAAAGAGCUUGAAGAACUUUUAGCAACAGCAGAGAUACAAUGAAAUAGUCACUUAUGUAAACACUUUUUCAUUUUCAUGUACUGCUGUGAAUGCUUAAUUAAUUUGAUAAAUUGAUGAAUCAUGCCUGUUAAAUGGUGGUACAG